AUGUGGUUCAGCCGAUUAGUAUUUUCAGCUAUACUAAUUAUUUCGAUCGCUGCUGUUCUUCGAAAAAAGAAACCAUGUAUCAAUGGAUCACCAGAAGGUUUGUGAUUAUUAUUUUUUGAAUUGAAUUUUAGGUGAAAUUUCAGGUGACAUCAAUUUUUGAUUGAUCAAUUAAUUUCGAAAAAAAUAAUUGGAACACAAAAAUUUGAUCAAAGAAUGUACAAGUUUGUAAUCUUAUCUUAAUUUUUGGUCAAUUUUUUGAACAGUUUAGCCCAAAUUUAUAUUUCUAUAAUGCUUUUCAGUUUUCGGAAAGUUGAAAAAAAUAUUUUAACGAAACCUGAACAUCCAAAUUAAAAAUUGAAAUUUUUACAGUGCAUUAAAGUUUCUGACAUUCAUUUUCAAACGAUUCCAAAUUAAUCAAUUUCAGGUGACAAAUGUUAUUGUAUAGAUGGUUGGACUGGUGAUUUCUGUCAUCGUCCAAUGCAUUGUGGCGGAUAUGAAAGACAACAAAAUGGAAGUUGCACAGAAUGUGAAAAAGGAUGGGUUGGACCAGAUUGUGAUAUUAUAAAUUGUAAUGGAGUUGGUACACCAAAUGGUGAUUUAACAAAAUGUAAUUGUAACGAGCCAUAUACUGGUAAGUCUUUUCUUUAAAGUUUUCUUUCCCUAAAAAUUUAAAAUCUUUUCAGGGGAUUAUUGUGAGUUUGCUGAGACAAAAGACAUUUAUAGAUGGUACAAUAAUUUCACCUCGAGUAUUGGACCAAUUGGAAUUAUUACAAUUAUCCCUCUUGCUUUGAUUUAUAUGUGUAAGUUGGAUACAGUAAUAGAAAUAUUCAUUUUUUCAAAUAAUAAAAAAUUUAGGCUGUGAACAUUUUGCCAAGAAAAGACAACUUCGAAGAGUUGAACAACAUUUGAAUGGAGUUUUAGUUGGUGGAAAAGGUUUGGGAGACCAUUUGAUUAUUUUUCAAAAUUGUUUUCUAGGAGUCGAUAAGGAACUUGUCAAAGGUCUUUUGGAGGCUUCAGAUGAUGAAAAAUCUGUGAAAUCAGCAAAAUUGACAAAUGGACACGAAACAAAUGGAAAUGGUGCAAAUACGUCAGAAGGAGGUUGGAUUAAAAAAUUAUAGAUUUUUAGAUUUUUUCAAGUAGUAUUUAAGGAAUAAAUUAUUAUUUAUUUAAGCGUCGUCAAACGAGAAAAAAGCAUUGUUGGCUGAUCCUUCGAAUUUGUGA